AUGACGCCGGCUGAGCGGGCCCCCUUCGACCGGCAGGAUAGAGAGGUUGAAAGGUCGCUCGUCGUUCAGCAGAUGAGCACCCAACGGACCACGCCUGUGCCCUCCGCCGCCGCCGCCACUGCAAGACCGCCGCCCGUCCGCCCGCUGGACGCACUCCGAGCCCCGCGCCCCGCUCCCACCGGUGCAGCCGCGACGACGACCACUUCCGUGUCCACGUCACCUUCCGCGGCCACUGAGAAGGGCUGGGCCAGAGCGGCCCGAGCGGGUGCGGGCGCGCCCCCUGGCGGCCAGGACCGUGCACGGCGCCGCUCGGCUGGAGCAAUUCGGUUGCCAGACGUGGCAGUCCUAUUCCCGGGUGGCCUGGCAGAGGCGACCCUCCCGCCUCCUAGCCCGUUCCGCGCUCGCCCCGCCUCGGCUCACUUUAAAAGUUUCCUCGGGCCCGGACUCGCAGCGAAGCGAGCCGAGGCUGUCUAUGCCGGGAUGCUGCGCCUCGGGAGACUGUGUGCCGCCAGCCUGGGGCUGCAGGGGCCCCGGGCCGUCCUCUCUCGGGGUUGGAGGGAAGCGAAGUGGCAGCACGUCCGUCCGCUCAGCUCCCAAGAAGUGGAACGUACCACCCCUCUGCCUAAAGGGGGCCUCAGCUACAUUCGGGGCCACACCAGUUUCCCUCUUAUCAACAAGACCGUGGGGCAGUGCCUGGAUGCCACAGUACAGAGGUUCCCCGACCGAGAGGCCUUGGUUGUCCUCCAUGAAGACAUCAGGCUGAACUUUGCCCAGCUCAAGGAAGAGGUGGAUAAAGCUGCUUCUGGUCUCCUAAGCAUUGGCCUCUGCAAAGGUGACCGGCUGGGCAUGUGGGGACCCAAUUCCUACGCAUGGGUGCUCAUGCAGUUGGCCACUGCCCAGGCGGGCAUCAUUCUGGUGUCUGUGAACCCAGCCUACCAGGCUUUGGAACUGGAGUAUGUCCUCAAAAAGGUGGGCUGCAAAGCCCUUGUGUUCCCCAAGCAAUUCAAGACCCAGCAAUACUACAACAUCUUGAAGCAGAUCUGUCCAGAGCUUGAGAAGGCCGAGCCAGGGGCCUUGAAGAGUGAGAGUCUCCCAGAUCUGACCACAGUCAUCUCGCUGGAUGAUCCUUUGCCGGGGACCCUGCUGCUGGAUGAUGUGGUGGCGGCUGGUGGCACAGAGCAGCAUCUGGCCCAGCUCCAGCACACCCAGCAGUUCCUGUCCUGCCAUGACCCCAUCAACGUCCAGUUCACCUCGGGGACUACAGGCAGCCCCAAGGGGGCCACCCUCUCCCACUACAACAUUGUGAACAACUCCAAAAUGAUAGGCCAGCGCCUUAAAAUGCAUGUGAAGCCACCAGAGGAGAUGCGGGUGGUCAUGCCCUGCCCCUUGUACCACUGCCUGGGCUCCGUGGGGGGCACCAUGAUGUGUGUGAUGUAUGGUGCCACCCUCCUUCUGUCCUCUCCGAGCUUCAAUGGCAAGAAGGCGCUGGAGGCCAUCAGCAAAGAGAAAGGCUCCUCCCUGUAUGGUACCCCAACGAUGUUCGUGGACAUUAUGAACCAGCCAGACUUCUCCAGUUAUGACUUAUCAUCCUUAUGUGGAGGUGUGAUUGCUGGGUCCCCUGCACCUCCGGAGCUGGUCCGAGCCAUCAUCCACAAAAUGAACAUGAGGGAGCUGGUGGUUGUUUAUGGAACUACAGAGAACAGUCCCGUGACCUUCAUGAACUUCCCUGAGGACACUCUGGAGCAGAAGGCGGAGAGUGUGGGCAGAAUUAUGCCUCACACGGAGGCCCGGAUCGUGAACGUGAAUACAGGGGAGCUGGCAGAGCUGAACACGCCCGGGGAACUGUGCAUCCGAGGGUACUGCGUCAUGCAGGGCUACUGGGGAGAGCCUCAGAAGACCUUUGAAGCAGUUGGGCAGGACAAGUGGUAUCGCACAGGAGACAUCGCCUCCAUAGACGAGCAGGGCUUCUGCAAGAUCGUGGGUCGCUCUAAGGACAUGAUCAUCCGGGGUGGUGAGAACAUCUACCCUGCAGAACUGGAGGACUUCUUUCACACACAUCCGCAGGUGCAGGAAGUGCAGGUGGUGGGAGUGAAGGACCACCGGAUGGGGGAGGAGAUUUGUGCCUGCAUCCGGCUGAAGAGUGGGGAGACCACCACCGAGGAGGAGAUCAAAGCUUUCUGCAAAGGGAAGAUCUCCCACUUCAAGAUUCCCCGCUACAUCGUGUUUGUCGACGACUACCCCCUCACUGUCUCAGGAAAGAUCCAGAAAUUCAAACUCCGAGAGCAGAUGGAAAGACAUCUGAAAUUGUGAAUCGAGGGGAGGAGGGGUCUGACCAGGCCUGCCCCUCCCCCAAGCCCCUGGUCUUCUUUGUUACUUGGCAUAAAGAGCUCUGUGUUUCCCAAUCUCUGGAUGGAGUGCUCUCUCUGGAACUACUGUGGAUGGAGAAAGGAAGAGUCUGAUGGGAAACCAGCUUCCAGAUCUAUUCCUCUGAGCACUACUUUUUAAGUAGAUUACCUACUUAAUCUAACCCUCACCCAUCCCUUUGAAGUUGCAAACCCAUUUUACCCAUUCUUUUCUAUUUUCUUCUUCUUCUUUUUUUUUUUUUUUUUUUUUUUUUGUACUGGGGAUUGAACCCAGGGAUACUUUACUGAGCUAUAUCCCCAGCCCUUAUUAAUUUGAGACAGAGUGUUGCUGAGUUACUAAGUCUGACUUGAGCUUGUGAUCCUCCUGCCUCAGCCUCCCAUGUUGCUGAGAUUACAGGAGUGCACCACCAUGCCUGGCUUCCGUUUUUUUCUUUUGUAAGCUUUACUUAUUCCAUCCUUUUCCACAUUGUUGCCACAUAAGUCCAACAAGAAAUAUUCUUCUUUUUUCUAAAUCACAGCUUUAUUGAGAUAUAAUUCAUAUACUAUUCAAAAAUCCCAUUUAAAACAUACAGUUUUCCGGUGGUUUUUAAUAUAGUCACAGAUAUGUGUAACCACCACCAAAGUCAAUUUUGAACAUUGUCAUUACCUCAAAAAAAAAUACUCUUUAACUACCACUCCUCCCAUCCUCCCCAAUCAACCCAAUAAAAAUAAAGCAGGCUAUCACUUGACCCAAGAAAUAAAAAACAGCUGGCUUCCACAAGA